AUGUUUCAGGCUACAGAGUCGGCAAAACUCAUUUUUACUAUGUCCGGCGUCAAGAAGCUUCACCGCUACCGUCCGGGCACGGUGGCUCUUCGCGAGAUCCGUCACUACCAGAAGAGCACGAAGCUGCUCAUUCGCAAGCUGCCGUUCCAGCGCCUGGUGCGCAAGAUUGCGCAGGACUUCAAGACGGACCUGCGCUUCCAGAGCAGCGCUGUCAUGGCUCUGCAGGAGGCCAGCGAGGCGUACCUGGUCGGUCUGUUCGAGGACACGAAUCUGUGCGCCAUCCACGCCAAGCGGAUGACCAUCAUGCCCAAGGACAUCCAGCUGGCGCGUCGCAUUCGUGGCGAGCGUGCUUAA